AUGGAGAACCGUAGUUUCUUCAUCGAAGCUACCCUCAUGAGGGUCAAAAACAUCUUUGAUCUCACCCUUGAUAUCAUAAAUGACCUCCAGUCUCUGCCCGGGAAAAAGAUCGUCAUCAGGCGGUUUCCCAUCUCGCCUAUCGAUAUGAACAAGUGGAUUGAGGAAAAUGGUCUGCCCAAGGGCUUGGAGUAUGACAUUACCGAGAACAGCAUCUCUCUCAAGGUCGAAGAAGAUGCCAUCGGCAAGGCCAUUCGAAUGGCAUUUCAAGAGGAUUUUUUCCCUGUUGUCAUCGACAAACUUCACCAGCACUUGCCACAGGAGACUUUUUCCACAAGCUACAAUGAGCCACACAUUCUCGAUGGCGAAUUCGAUGGCGACCUGGUCUGCAGUGAUGGUCAGAUCGACCAAGAGGGUUCUCCUGCUCCACGCAUCGUAGUGCUUAUUGGACCCGGGAACGAAAUUGUUCAUGGUGCAAACAAGUGGAUUCGCGGUGGUGGCAAAAAGACAAAAUUCGUCCUUGGUGUUGAGGUGAGAGAACGUGCUCCAGUUGGCUGGUGCCCCUGGGAUCUGGAAGUUCAAGAAAUCGCCGAGAUGGACUUGCAGGACCUGACCAACGCCAUCAUCGACUAUCAUAAGAAGGAAAAAAAGCCGAUAGUUGGUGUCAUCAAACUCAGACUUUUCGUCAUCACCAAGAAUGAACUUGGCCUUUCUGAAUCGGAGCUCGUCCCUGCGUGGACCUGCACGUUUGGUCCCAAGGAGUCGUACGAAGACGCCCUUGGCAACUUUGUUCCUAGUGGAAUCAGGUCCCACCUCAACCCAAGAAUGUUGAGCAUCAAACUGCCUGGAGAGAUUGAAGUGGCAUUGCCGUUUGUUGAGAUAAAAGAAAGGGUAAAGGGAGCAAUUGAAGAGGCGGAGAGGGGCAGAGCCUUGGUCAUGGCAACUGAGGGCCUGAACUACACCAUCAUGACCCUAAGGGGUGGUCCUGUUGUCCCUCCUUUUCCUGUCUGA